GCAGCAACUGAGCCAGAUGCUGACAGACGGGCAUACGCCGUGUGGGUGUCUGAGAUCAUGCUCCAGCAGACGCAGGUGGCUACAGUGAUCGACUACUACAACCGCUGGAUGCAGAAGUGGCCGACGCUGCAGGCUCUGGCACAGGCGUCCCUGGAGGAGGUGAACGAGCUGUGGGCUGGACUUGGCUACUACUCCAGAGGGAGGCGUCUGCAGGAGGCAGCAAGGAAGGUGGUAUCCGAGCUGGCCGGCCAGAUGCCCAGGACGGCUGUGGACCUGCAGAAGCUGCUGCCAGGAGUGGGCCGAUACACGGCAGGGGCCCUCGCGCCCAUCUCCUAUGGCUCCUGGUCCCAGGCUACCGGCGUCGUGGAUGGGAACGUGAUCCGGGUCCUGUGCCGCCUGCGGUGCAUUGGUGCCGAUUCCAGCAGCCCAGCUGUCAUCGACUGGCUCUGGAACACGGCCAAUGCCCUGGUAGACAGGAGCCGCCCAGGGGAUUUUAACCAAGCCCUGAUGGAGCUGGGGGCAACUGUGUGUGUGCCCAAGGCCCCGCUGUGCAGGGAGUGCCCCGUGAAGCAGCACUGCCGAGCAUGGCGCAGGGUGGAGAAGGAGCUGGCCUUCUCAGCUCAGAAGCUGUUUGGAAAACUCACCCCAGUGCCUGAUGUUGAGGACUGUGGUGUUGGGGGUUGUCCCCUGUGCCCCCCAGCUGCAGAGCCAUGGGACAGCAGCCUGGGGGUGACCAACUUUCCCCGGAAAGCAGCAAAGAAGCAGCCGCGGGCGGCGCGAACAGCCACGUGUGUGGUGGAGCGGAGGGGCUGCCGCAGGGCCCUGGAGUACCUCAUCGUGCAGAGACCCAGCUCGGGUCUCCUGGCCGGGCUCUGGGAGUUCCCCAGCCUCCCCCCGUUUCCAUGUCUUCCCCUCCCCUCACAGGUCAUCCACAUCUUCUCUCACAUCCACCAAACGUACGUGAUCUACUCCCUGUCCCUGGAUGGGGAUGUGACCCUGGACCCUGCCUUGUCCCCAGCCCGCUGGGUGACAGAGGAGGAGUUCCAUGCCUCAGCUGUGUCUGCAGCCAUGAAGAAGGUGCUGAAAGCGCGUGAGAAGCAGCGUGGGGAGGAGCACAGCCCUGGCAAGGUGGGCAUUGCUGGAGGGCACCCUGUGGUUGAAGAUGAGGAUGGCUGUCGGGACGUGUACGUCUCAGCUGGGGACAGCAGUGACUUCUGGGUUAAUGCACCCGUGAGUCCUUGGCUGAGUGUUAACUGCUGGUGA